UUUCUCAGUAGCUAGCAGUCACUUCGGAGCUCACUGACCUAAACUGACCCCUCGUAGGCACAGUGGCCGCCACUGCUCUCACCUGACCUACCAUGCGUCACCUGCUGCAGUCCGCGGACAACCUGGCUGCUGCGACGGCGACGGCGACGGCGUCUGGCGGCGGCCACGGCGGUGUCCACACGGACACGUUGCUCAUUCUAGCCGCAGUGUUCUGUUUCUUGCUCUGCGUCGUCGGGCUGGCACUCGUGGCGCGGUGCUCGCGGCUGUGCAACCCCUCGUCGUUCGCCGUCGAGGCGGAGCCCGACGCCGGAGCGGAGGGGGCAAUGCCCCCGGCGCCGGCGAGCAAGGGGCUCAAGAAGAAGGCGCUGCAGUCGCUGCCGACCGUGUCGUUCGGAGCAGGGGAGGAGGAGGAGGAGGAGCGGCCGGAGUGCGCCAUCUGCCUCGCCGAGUUCGCCCGCGGCGACGAGGUCCGCGUGCUCCCGCCGUGCGGCCACGGCUUCCACGCGGCGUGCGUCGACGUCUGGCUGCUGUCCAGCUCGACGUGCCCCUCCUGCCGCCGCGCCCUCGUCGUGGUGGCGCCGCCAUCGCCGGCCACCGCCGAGCCUCCCAGUCCCCCGUGCUGCGCCGCCGACGCGGCACAGGCCUCCUCACAGCAAGAGCCCACCACCACCAGCGAGCGCGGCCGCGGCCGCUGCCGGACGUCGGUACCGUAGCUAGGCGGCCGCUGCCGCGCCGGCGAACGCUCGAGCUCGCCCCACCUUCACCGUGAAUAGUAGCUACGUGUUCCUGAGAUAUUUCUUUGUACUUACCACCAAUGCAAGUGUGCAACUGUAAUUAUUCUGCACGUAAUCAACACUGUGAGAUAGUACUAUCUGUUACUGAUUGCUUAAUUGGUCACCCGA